AUCCGGAGACCUGGUGGACGGAGGGCCCCUUUGACCUGGUGACCUGGGAGAGGGGAUAUGCCUGCGUAUCCACUCGCUCGAGUCCCAGUUGCAUCUCCCCGAAUGGCCCCCACCUUGACAUCGCUGGCUCCCAACCCGGGCACACUUCUGAUGGUGCUGACGACCUGCGGGCUCCUUCUACCACCUACGGAGCCGUGGGUCAUUCCCCAGCCAAAAGUCAACGUCUGGCGUGCCUUGGCUCAAUCGUUAGGACAAGACAGCAUUUGCCUCGACACCGGCGCAGCAGAGGACCCAAUGUCGUCCUGCCUUGUGGAGAUCCCUUUCUCUCCCGGCGAAUUCCCCUCUGCCUUCGAGUCUGCCUUUUCCCCCAUUCUGGCCCGGAGCCUUACUCUCCUCCCCGGCUUUGAACCCAGUAACGCCUGGAGAGACGGAGUGGCGAGGCUGGAUCCUGCGCCCUCCAAGCCCUCAGAAUUACAUUUACUCGGUUCCGCCAAUUCUACUAUUUGCUUUCAGUUUGAUUAUACGCUUACCCCCAUAGAGAAGGGCACUGAAGUGGUCCUGCAAACAAAGAAAGAAUAUCAAGCUGACCAGUGGUGUCGGGCUGUUCUGAAGAUCGUCGGCCCUACCACCACCAAGCGGACCCCUUAUGCCCUUCCAAGGGGGGUGUUUUUGAUUUGUGGCGACCGAGCGUGGGCAGGCAUCCCCUCUGGUCUGGUCGGAGAGCCAUGCACCUUUGGCCGGCUGAUGCUGUUUACCCCCAACGUCACCCAAAUUAUCAAUUAGAAAAAGACCAACAUCACAUCCGA